UGCUUGUUAGAUUCUUUGUAUCCCGGUCUCUUCGGAGGACUUAAUCAUUCAGCAACCUCAAAUGGCGACGCCGCCUCCCGAGGCACCCUCUGCUCUCAAAGAGGAGAAGCCUCAACUGCCGCCGUCGCCCAAUGGAGUUGCGCCCGCGGAUAUCGGUCGCACUGGGUAUGUGUUACUGCCAUUCACUCUGGCUCCACUAUGGUGUUGUCGCUGACUGUUCUUCAGUGCGCAAGAUGCUGUAACCAACACCAAACCCGACGCGACCGUCAACGGCGCAGAGAAGCAAAAGGAGAACACAAAGCCUGCUACGGCGAAUGGGGAUACUGCUGAGCAACCUGCAACCACCAAUGGUCUGACCGCGACCUCCCCGCCGAAAUCUCCAUCUUUGUCGACCAGAGAUACUUCAGCGCAGCCAGCCGCCGCGUCCGACGAAGGUAAAUCUUCAACCAUGGACUCAGGUACGACUGGAGAAGCCAAGAAGGAAACAACCAGUGAGAAGCCAUCUGCCGCUGCCCAGGUCGAUGGUGGUGGUGCAAAUGGCGCCGGUUCACAAGACACGCAGGCGCCCAAGGACGCAUCAAAGCCAUCAACUGAUCCGUCGUCCGAGGCCAAAGUGGAGAGCACCGCGAAGUCAUCACAGGAUUCUGCCACUGUGAAAACCGAUCUUCCCCACCAUCCUUCAACUAGUGCAAAGCCGGAAAGCACGUCGAACAAAGGUGCUACGAGCACUGCUCCUUCGGUUCCUUCAAUGAAGAGCGUUGACCAGGAGAUGCGCGACGUCCCGGAUGUCCCCGUUUCACCGACCAAGCUUUCUAGAGAGCGCGAACGUGAUCCCAGCGAUGAGCCUGCCGCCAAACGUACCAAGAUUGGAGGCGAUAGUUCAGCGUCUUCCGAAUUCAAGGUCCCUCGCAUCCCCACGCCUGCUUCUGGACACUCCGGAAGAGCAACGAACGGAGAGAGGCCUAUGAGCAAAGUCCAGCACAAGUUCCUCGUCAAGUCGGUUCAAAGCCUGAAGCGGAUGCAUGACUCGCGCUUCUACAGAGAACCUGUGGAUCCCAUCAAGUUAAACGUUCCUCACUACCCACAAAUCAUCAAACGCCCUAUGGAUCUUGGUACCAUUGAACGGAAACUCAAAAUGAAUGAUUAUCCUAAUGCCCAAGCUGUUGUCGAUGACUUCAGCCUCAUGGUUCAGAACGCUUUGACAUUCAAUGGUCCGGACCACUUGGUCACUGUUGAAGGCCAAAGACUCAAGGGCACGUUUCAAAAGCAGAUGGCCAACAUCCCCAGAUCUGAUGAAAUCGAGGAGAAAAAGCCGAAGAAGCUACCCCCCAAGACCUCGGCAGCUCGUCGAGAGCCCCGGGCGGCGCCGAGCCCCAACACCGUACGCGCUACCGCUGCAUCUCCUCAGGCUACAACCUUUGCUCUGGGUCCGGAGGGCCUCCCACUGAUUCGUCGCGAUUCUGCCAAUGCAGACGGUCGUCCCAAGCGUUCUAUCCACCCCCCAAAGCGUGAUCUUCCCUACUCUACGAAGCCCAAGAAGAAGAAGUACCAGUGGGAAUUGCGCUUCUGCCAGGAAGUGUUGGAUGAGCUGUACAAGCCCAAGCACUUUGGCUACGCUGCACCUUUCUACUAUCCCGUUGAUCCUGUUGCCCUGAACAUUCCCACCUACCACAGCAUUAUCAAGAAGCCAAUGGAUCUUGCCACUGUUGGGACCAAGCUGAAGGCGGGCCAGUAUGAGAACGCCAAGGAAUUCGAGCUUGAUAUACGUCUUAUUUUGAAAAACUGUUUCAAGUUCAACAUUCCCGGCGACCCAACCUACGUUUCUGGCCAGCGGUUGGACGAAGAGUUCAAUAGGAAGUGGGCCCAGAAAUCGCGGUAUCUGGAACAGCACGAACCACAUCCCGAGCACCAUAGCGCUGAAUCUUCCGAGGAAGAGAGCGAAGAGGAGGCGGAAGAAAGCGACUACGAUGCCGAGAAGCUCAGCCUACUGCAGAAGCAGAUGGAGGAGAUGACACGCCAGAUCGAAGCGAUCACGCAGAAGAAGAAGAAAACCCCUCCCGGAUCGAAGAAGGUUGGGAAGCCCAAGCCCGUGAAGAAGGAAGUUAAGAAGCCUGGGCCCAUGAAUCUUGGUAGCAAGAAGGACAAGAAGAGCACUAAGAUUGCGAAGCCCGAGAAGCAACACUGGGUUAGCUAUCACGAGAAGCAGAUCAUCUCCAACGGGAUCAGUAGUCUUCCGGAUAAGAAGAUGCAGGAAGCACUCAAGAUCAUCCAAACCAAUGUCCCGUCCCUCAAGGUAUGUCCCCGUCGCCCCUAUACUGCCAUCUAGGUGUUGGUCUAAUGAUUCCGUGCAGGGUACCCAAGAGGCUGAGAUCGAACUUGAUAUUGAUGAGCUUCCCAAUGAUGUCUUGCUUAUGUUGCUGCGUUUCGUCAAGAAGAACGCACCACACGUUGUCGAGGAUGAUCCUGCAGGCGCAGCAGGGAACGCGGCCGCUCCGAAGCCGAAGAAGAACAAGCCCAUGAGCAAGUACGAGCAAGAGGCGCAGAUCAACAUGCUUGAGAGUAACUUGUCUCGUUUCCAGGGCGGCGGCGGUGGUGGCGGCGGCCGUUCCCCCGACCCAGUCCCCUCCGUCGAAGCCAACGAGAGCAGCGAUGAUUCGGAAGAUGAUUCAGAGGAGAGCGAGGAGGAGUAAAUGGGCUCGGUGUGAGAAUGCUACAU